AUGCACGUGGAGCGAAAGCCCAACCACCCCGCCGAGUCAGACCCCUCCUCGCGCAAGGACGGGAUGGGGCCCCGGAGCACCCUGCGCUGCACCGAGAACAGGGCGGAUGACGGCCGGGACCUGAUGGGCAGGUUGCAGGAGAGGGUGCAGAUGUUUGAGAGGGCCGAGCGGGAGUGGCUGAAGCACUUCGCGCGGCUCCGAGGGGUGAGUGAGAGAGGGAGGAUACUUGUGUGUGUCCGUCCACGUAUCCAUGUUUUGUCUUGUGUCGUGUUUCUCAGGCGCAUCACUGUCGGUCGUCUUCCUACUUGGAGUUCGAGGACCUGAGCGCCCACGAAGUCGACAACGAGGUCAGGAAAAUGAUGGCUUUGCUGCUUCGCAACACUUUCCUGGUUUGCUGCGUCGGCACACUCGAGGCCAGACGGUCCACCCUGGCCUUACAAACUCCAAUGACCUCUGGCGCCUCGUGUCGUCGUACCUUCGUCAGCCCAUUGCCGUGUGCAAAGCCUGCGCUUCAACCGCGACAUUGCUCAGAGAGACUUGAGGGCAAAUAAGACGAAUGUCAUCAUCCACCGUCACACGAUGAUCACCACACCGCUAUGUACACACCGUACCAAACCGGGUAACUAGGCACGCUCAACGACUGCAUCGAGAGGCGGGGCGUUGCGCCGAUGAGCGAGCAUGAGGCCUCCCACUGGGUGCGGCAGCUGGUGGAGACCCACCAGGAGCUCAAGGCCAUGGACAGAUCCUUCAAGUAAAGACCCAUUCAACAUGUUGACAGGCAGACACACACAUCAUGUCUGUCUGUGAAUGAAUGUGUGCAGCGACUUCGACCUGAGGAGCUACCUGGUUGACGAGGCCAAUACGGUCAAGCUGGCGUGCAUGAGGUGGCGUGUUGGAAAGCACUCCGUCGCCACAGAGAGGACACAGAAACCGCUCACUCACUCACCAAGGUAGGCUCACGCCGCCGUCUCGAGGCUCCUUCGCGCACCGUCAGCGAUGCGGUGCAUCCCCAAAGGCCAGAAUGAGUCUAGCACGCAGACAUUCUAGAGUAAGUACCGCUUGUCUUCCCUCCCGGCCUCCUCCCGGUGCCAGGAUACGAACGCUACCCGACCAUUCUACUCGUACGCCACACAACACACCGCACCACACCACACCACACACACAUUCGUUGCGCAUUGUCUGUUGUGUGUGUGUGUGUGUGUGUGUGUGUUUGGCAUGUUGGCAGACGUAUGAGUUUCCCGACGGCGAGCAGCUGAGCGUGCACGCCAACCUUGGCGCGCCCUUCAGGGGCGACAGUCGUGUGGGCUAAU